ACUAAGCUCAUAAGUAAGUCAACAUGGCGGCAUGUAGUUGGCAAGCGAAACAGCAAUUUUCUCCCUGAAAUCGCAGAUGUAGAAACUCAGAAAAAUCACAUUUCACUGUCCAUUACAGUGGCGGUGGAUUUUUUACCCAUUUUCGACUGAAUAGUUCUCUAUUUAGUCUGUAGCUUGAGGAAGACAGAGGGAGUCAAAAGCCUAGAAAUAUGGUCGAUUGUAAGGGUGGAAAGAAUUUAUUUGGAUUCGCCAUUGCUCGACCGCCAUGUGUUGUUUUUAUAGUUUGUAUAGCGGCCUUCGCCAUUGGUUUAUUUUCUCUUGGCUUUUUCAUUAAGACAUAUGGUUGGUUUGACACCGCUGAUGCCCGCGAAGAGGAAUGGGGAUCAGUGCUAGGUUAUUUGAGUUCCUCUGAAUUUUGUAUGUUUGGUGACCAGAGCUUCUCUGGAAAUAUCACUGGUGACAAUUCAACGAAUAUAACUGGUGCUAUACCUGAUGGGUUUACCACAGUAUCUGUACCAGUGCUUCAUCUGGCUGUGAACCCCUCGGUUAAUUUCAGUGCUGUAGUGAAGAAUGUCACACAUGUUACAGCACAAAUACCAACAUCAGAAUUGGGUUUAAAAGGUUUUUGGGGGAAUUCAGUGAUCAAUGUCACAUUGUUUUUUCAUCAACCAUGGUUCAUGGAUUGCCAAGACAAAUGUAAAACAAUGUAUUUGGAAGCUUGUGGAUCAGUUAUUGUUCCAACUGAGAUUGUCCCAAAACAUUUGCAGUAUGGGAGGACUUGCAACCUUUCAUCAGAGUACAAUGUUGUAGAAAUGGUCAGCAUUACCACGCAUGAUGAAAAAUUUUGUUCCGGUGGCAUCAAGGCUGAGACAUCUCUUCCACUGAAUCAGCAGCACACCACUAUUUCAACAAUGGCAAUGGUUGAUGUAUCAACUGUUAAUCUAAGACUGCAGUACUCAAGUUACUUCUUGUUUGUGAUGGUGAUCACCUGUGUGCUCUAUGGAAUGAUCAAAGGAAGACCAGUCAAACAAAGUAAAAAGUCAAACCUUCCAAUAUGACAAUAUUUGCAAAGAAGUAUUGUAUUGAAUGUCUAAUUCAUUCACCAUGCCCACAGUUGAAUUUAUGGUGACAUACUUAAAAAUAAGUAUAUCACUAGAAAAAUAUCAUGCACAGCUGCACUUGUAAAUAGCUUGAAUAUGGCCAGUAAACAAUGCAUAUUAGUUAAGUUUACUUUGCUUGCAAGAAGUAGGUAGUGGUCUAGUGUUUUUUCACUGAGCAGGUUAAUUAGGGGCUUAGAUGUGAUUCUCACCAGUUGGUAUCAACUAGUCACUAACAUUGUAGAUGUGAUAGAAAUCUCAUUAUCUGGAAAUAAUUCCUAAAGAAAAAUUUGGCAUCUCAUUGUACUAAUCAUUAAAUUAAACCCAGAAUUUAUUUAUUUUCCUGUAUGAUUCUGUCAACUUUGGUCACAAGUUUAAUACAAACCAUAAUUGAUUUUUGUAAAUUGUAGAUAACUGUUCAGCUUCCCUUAGCUUUUUGUUGAUAUAAGAACAAUUCAAUAUUUAUGGGUUUUGCUGUUGACAAUUUAGUAUGAAUCUGUCAAGCCCUUAUCUUAAGAAAAUCGGGAACCCAGCUUGAGAAUUACUUCUCAACAAACUGUUCACUUUCCAGCUAAAAUGUAGCAUGGAUAACAUUGUAAGUGAUAGCUUAAAAUUUUCCAAAAAUUGAAAUCUCUUACUUCAAGUGGUGUAAUUCCUAGCUUGCGCAGGGUUUCUUAAGUUUACCCAAUAUACCAGGUGUUAUACAAGAAGAAAUUGUAUACUUUCAGAAAUUCACAGUCCAUGGUAUUUUCUAGUUAUAAAAUAAGUAGCCUUGCAUACCCUAACUUGAUAUGAAUUACCUUUAACUACAGAAGAAAAGUAUUGUUGUGAAGUUCAGACAUUUAAAUGUAGAACACCUGUUGUUUCUUAUUUCACAUUUACCCUUUUCCAUUUAAUGCACAAUUUUUUUUGAGGGGCCAUUUUCUGCCUUCUCAACCUUUUUUCCUGAGCUACAUGUUGCUCAUGUCAUUGUAAAGAAUGACUUUUUAGUUUAGUCUCAGGAGUGUGUGCAAUUCCUACUGUCUUGGAACCUUUUUCAUUUUCAAUGUUACCUUAACUUCAUCCUAGUAUCAAUAUUUUGUAUUAUAUAACUUAAAGAUGGGAAAAGAGUGAAAUAAAGGAAAACUGACUAAG